AUGGAAUCCGGGAAUGGCGCUGAGCAACUCUCUCGCGCCAUUCAACGCAGGCGUCGUAAGCAGACUAAAAUCAAAGCGAAUGAUGACGGUCAGUGGGGCCGCUGCAUGUUCAAAGUGCUGCGAAAAAAGCGUUAUUGCAACAUUGCAAGAGUUCCGGGCUCGCUCUUCUGCGGCAAUCACCUACCUGAAAGCGACGUGCUGUCAUGCAAGAAAUCGCAAAAGUUUAAAUUUUCUACACGUCGUCGUGUGCCAUGUCCGGUAGACAAAUCGCAUACGGUCUACGAGUACGAUCUGGCCAAGCACGUACAAAUCUGUAAUCGCGUUAAAGACGCUGAUGUCAUGAAAAAUCUGCCAUUCUACAGUCACAACAUUAAUUCUGGCUUGCAUAGCAUUGACAAGAAAGAAAAAACUUUCGAAGAGGAAGUGGAUGAGAAUGGACACUUGAAUUUGUCAGCUAAGGUGCAACAAAGCAUUAUUGACCGGCUGCAAGCUAUAGAUUUUGCAAAUCUACGAUCACGGAUUGAAGUGGCUUAUGCGUCGUGUGUUGGUGAAUUGGCGUCCGAGCACUUACAUCAUAAUUGCUGUGAUGAACUUUUUGAAACGAAAAAAACAUCUGGAUCUUCGAAUAGCGUGUUACGGCAUAUAAAGCAGCAAGCAUCGAUAAUUGGACAUAUGGAUAAAGUAAAAUUGUUGGCGAACCCAGAUUCGGCUUUUGUGGAGCUUGGAGCAGGAAGAGGGUUGUUGUCUUUGGCACUGGCUCAGACGUACCCAGAUAGUCUUUUCGUGCUGAUUGAUCGGGCGCACACACGAGGCAAGGCUGAUCACUUUAUUGGUAGAAACGGUAUGAACGAUGUAGCCUCAAAAAAAUCCCCGACUACAUUGCGCGCAAAGAUCGACAUUCGACAUCUUAAUUUUGCCGGUAUGCAAGAGAUUUCGAACAAACCUGUCAUUUGCAUGUCAAAGCAUUUGUGUGGUGUAGCAACAGAUCUAUCGCUUCGAGCUAUCACGCAGACGCUGCCUGAAACUGACAGCGAUAUUAGUAACCUGUCAAAAGACGCACCGGCUUCUGUCAACACUAGAUUCAAAGGAUUGGCGAUUGCACUCUGCUGCCAUCAUGUUUGCACGUGGGGGGACUACGUGAACCCCGAAUUCUUUCUGACUUAUAACUUCAAGCCUGAGGAGUUUGAGCUGCUUACAUGCAUGACGUCUUGGACAACUUGCGGAAUGGGCCUCAAAGGCGACGCGGUGAAGCACAUUCUUGGCAUAAGCAAAGACGAACGUGCAGAACUCGGAAGAAAAUGCAAACGUAUUAUUGAUGCCGGUCGUGCGGCUUAUUUGGCACAAUUCCAGUUAAAAACUCGACUUGUCCACUUACAGUAUAAUAUUAAAAAAAUACUGCUUUUCCGUGAGCAGACUCUUUUAAGCGAUGGUGCAAAUGCUACUCCCUUUUACAUUUCGGCAGAAUUGUCGUCACUUCUUGACAUGUUAAUGUUUUUCGGCAUUACUGACGGAUUUUUACAAGGCACAAUGGGCAUUAAUGCUAUGGGAAAGAAGCGCUUCCACGAGGAUGAAGGAGAUGCUUGCAAGCGCGGCGAGGGGAUCAAUGUGCAGCCGUUAGAUGUUCUUUCCAUGCAGCAAUUACUGAUAUCCAUGAGCGCCGAUAAAUACGAGCCUCGCGUUAUAGCGCAGCUUCAUGAGUUUGUUCACCGCUAUGUGACUGAGAUUCUUGUAGAUGCUCAAGAAUAUUCGAUGUACGCGGAUAAGCAGACGGUUGAUUCAGACGACGUUCGUCUCGCUAUUCAAUCGAGGCUCAACCACCACUACGCUCAAGUACCGUCUCGUGAGCUGAUGAUGGAGCUGGCAGAAAAGCGGAACUGCAUUCCACUGCCACCAAUUUCAAAUGAGUACGGUGUGAGACUUCCACCUCUGCAGCAUCAACUCGUGACGAAGGAGUGUGAUCGACAGGAUGUGAAAGCGCCGAACACGCCUCGUCUUGGAGAUAUGUCAAGCCCUGGCACGGGUCUGAGAGGCAAUACUUCCAGACCGCCUGUACAUCCGCACAUUGAAGGCACGCGCAACAAGAAAUUGAGCGAAAAAAUGAUUCUCGUACCGUCUGACUAA